AUGCCCUCUGUAGCUGUGAGUGUGUGUGCACUGGGGACCCGCUCCUGCCAGCAGGUCUGCGUGAGCAACAGCAGGUCCUACCUUUGUGAUUGCUAUGAGGGCUACACUCUCAGUCCAGAUAAGAGAACCUGCUCAGCUGUGGACACGUGUGCCUCUGGCAGGCACCAGUGUGACCAGGUCUGUGUGAGUAACAACAGGUCCUAUGCCUGUGAAUGCUAUGAAGGCUACACUCUGAAUCCAGACAAGAAAACCUGCUCAGCCAUGGACAUGUGCACACCUGGAAGGCACGACUGUGCACAAGUCUGUCUGAGCAAUGAUGGAUCCUACAGCUGUGGCUGCUUUGAAGGAUACACUCUGAACCCAGAUCAGAAGACUUGCUCAGCUGUGAACAUGUGUUCCCCUGGAAGGCACGAGUGUGAGCAGCUCUGCCUGAGGGAUGAUCUGUUCUGUGCCUGCGGCUGCUACCAAGGCUACACCCUCAAUCCAGACAAGACUUGCUCAAGAGCCAUCACGAGCAGUCUCACCACAAGUGAAGAAUCCUGCAAGUGUGAAGCCAUCGCUGCCCUGCAGGACUCGGUCACCUCACGCCUGGAAGCUCUGUCCACAAAACUAGAUGAAGUGUCUGAGAAGCUGCAGGGGUUCCAAGGCAGACACCAGGUGGUCUGAGCUACCACUCCACUUAAUUCUAACAGAAUCUUUCAGAAGCAAUCCUCUUUGCUGUGCUCAGCAAGCUUUGUUUUGGUGCACAGCUUACAAAACAGCAGCUGGCUUGUCACUAUUGACA